CACUACCGGAGACGCGCCAGCCAGCCGAGCCGGCACUUGCCCGUUGGUUACCACCUGUCCGCGGCUGGUUGCCACGGCUAAGAAACCGGCCCUGCACCGCCUCACGUAUAAAUACCACCCACCCCAUCGCCGUUCCAAUCCACACCAAUCCAACCAUCUCCUUCCGAGUUCCCCCAUACUACACACCCUCCCUAAGCUAAAGGAGCAAUCACCAAUCAGUGUCCACCAGUACGUUCAUUGGUUCUUGAGCUUGAGCUAGCGAUGAUGAGGACGCCUUUCGCGCUUGCCAUUGCGGCGAUGGCUUACACGGUGGCCAUCGCGCAGGGCGGCAACUUCUACCAGGACGCCGAGAUCUCCUGGGGGCAGGGCCGCGGCAAGAUCGUGGACGGCGGCCGCGGGCUCGACCUCACGCUGGACAAGACUUCCGGGUCCGGAUUCCAGUCCAAGAACGAGUACCUCUUCGGCAAGAUAGACAUGCAGAUCAAGCUCGUCCCGGGCAACUCUGCCGGCACAGUCACCACCUUCUACCUGUCGUCGCAGGGGAACACGCACGACGAGAUCGACUUCGAGUUCCUGGGCAACGUGAGCGGCGAGCCGUACACGCUGCACACGAACGUGUUCGCGCAGGGGCAGGGGCAGCGCGAGCAGCAGUUCCGCCUCUGGUUCGACCCCACCAAGAACUUCCACACCUACUCCAUCAUCUGGAACCCGCAGCACGUCAUAUUCGCGGUGGACGGCACCCCGAUCAGAGACUUCAAGAACCACGAGGCGCGCGGCGUGGCGUUCCCCAAGAGCCAGCCGAUGCGGCUGUACGCGAGCCUGUGGAACGCGGACGACUGGGCCACGCAGGGCGGGCGCGUGAAGGCGGACUGGACCCAGGCGCCGUUCGUCGCAUCGUUCCGCGGCUUCAAAGCCGACGCGUGCGUGUGGUCGAACGGCAAGCAGCAGUGCCCCGUCGGCACCAUGGAGACCGUCGCGACGCCUGGAGGGAGGCGGGGACGCGGCGGCGGCAGCAGCUGGUGGAACCAGCAGCUGGGCGACAUGAGCUACCGCCGCAUGCGGUGGGUGCAGAGGAAGUUCAUGAUCUACAACUACUGCACGGACACCAAGCGAUUCCCGCAGGGCGUGCCCGUCGAGUGCAAGCUCCGGUGAGAACCAUCAUCCGCGCAUGAUCCGCGCGUCGUCGUCCGUCCUACCGUGGUGAAACCAGAGAUCGAAACGAGAGAUGGCGAAUAAUGUUUUGCAAUGGUCGAUGCAAUGUAAAUGUAGUACGCAGAUCGCAUUCUUUGAUUUGUUUAGUGAGUUUCUUUUUGUGUCUAUUCUAGCCGCGUAUUCUAUCAUACAUGUGUAUCGGCCCUCCAUUUUUUUUUCAUUCCAUACUUAUCCAUCAAUUAAUUUUCUUA